GCAUUUAUUGCAAAUGCGCGAAACGACAAAAAGAACCGAACUGCCUACGUUCCAAAGCACGUCGUUCCGGCCCAAAGAAAAUUUCGCCGGAGCGUGUCGGAAUAAGUAGAUUCCGACGAGCUUCGAUCGAUUCGAAUCUCCAGCUCGCACUCCAAUAGCCGCCCGAGAUGACUGUGUCGACGGCAUGGCGCUCGCGGCGAGGUUUCUCCGCCCGAUUAGGGCAUCUCUAGCUGCUUCGAGCUCUUCUCCCACGGCUCUGUCUCGCUCUAAACCCCCAGUUCGUCGUGCCGAGUUCGGGAUUGCGAGGGCGUGGUUCGAGGGGAUUCGGCCUGCGAUACGCGAUCAUCGGGUUCCCCAAUUCAGCUGUGGAUUCAGCAUUCGGGCGCUGUGUGCCAGGAGCUUUGGUAGAGCAGGCAAUAAAGUGGGAACAUUUAUCAGCACUUCAGUUAUAUUUGGAUCAGUUCAUCCUUGGCCACACUUUGCAUUUUCCCUGGAUGGUGAAGACACUGUGAAAAAUGAUGAACAAGCGAAGAUGCUGGAUGAUUCCAGUCUGGAAGAUAGUCCCAAGGCCUUUUGGACGCUUGCUAGGAAACUCUGGCUCCCCAUCUUUUUCCUUGUUACUGUCUUGUUGAACUGGGACCAUCCUAUUGAACUUGCAAUGAGAAGUAUUCUAUUCCUUCUCAGCACAAAGCCCAGUCCUUUAUCAGUUUAUCUUCCUAUAGAAAAGCUGUGUAAUCAAUCUAUGCAUCAAGAUUCUGACCUAUACAGACUAAAGUCAUUACGUGCCAAGAAGGUUGAAGUCGAGGACUAUCAGUUCUUCUGCCUUGCAAAGAUUGAAUCAACUGGUCAGAAAUACAUUUUGGUCGGAAUUCUCGGUGGUUGGUGGCCUUUGAAAUCUUUUCUAUGGGAGGGAGCUUCUUUAACCAUGAGAAAUAGAGAUCAGAAGAACGGCUGAAUAAAUAUAGAGAUAAUGGUAAUAACAUCGGUAUCCUUAAAUGCACAUUCCAUUCGGAGUUCCUAGUCGCGAAUUUUUUUCCAUAGGUUUUGCAGUUCAUCCAGCAGACGUUCUCUUCUAUAGUAUUUUGAAUUAAUGGGCCGAUUCCUUUGACUACUUUUGCACAAGAGGGAGCAGAAAGUUUCCUUUCCAUAAUUACUUUUAGAAUUGCCUUCAAGUGGUGUUGGUUUGUGAUGUGGCAUACUCAGAGGAUUGCUUUAGUGUCGGCGAGUUCCGUCAGGAUAAACGCUGCAUAGUCUACUGCACCUGGUCGCGAAUUGAAAUCUUAUUAACUAGUCUAGCGGGGUAAAUGAAUUAAACUCAGGAAGCUAAAUUGCGGGCAGUCGAACACGAUCGAGACAUUUUCCUGAUUAAUCUUUCCAUGGCUUUUCACUUAGUUUUAGUUUCUUUUUGGGGCCCGAAUGAUGUUCAUUCUUUCUAAAAGCCAGUGACUGUCUGAGAUGGUUCUACAAAUCCCGAAUUUAUUUACACGUUUGGAGAGUUAUUCAUGUAGCCAUGAAAUUUGUGUUUA